GAUUCGUCUUGCUUCUUGACGAACAAAACAGUUAAGAUAUUUUUGGAUUUUGACCAGAUGCAGUUGUUACAGGUUACUGUCCUCUGGAGUACACGAUUUCUUCGUGCGUACAAACGGCACUUGAUUACUUGAUUAGCUAAAUAAGCAAAGAAACUUGAUGCUCUGGUCGGCGACAGGUACCUUUUAAAAGGAACCUUUAAAAUGAAAAGCAUUUAAACCGAAGAUAAAUCACUUCUACAGCAUCCACAGACCUCUCAGUCCUAAUUGAGUCAACGGUUCCCUUGGGUGCACUGUCUAAAGUCUACAGCAGUCAAAAUGAGCCUUACCCUGACUGGCAUCACUGGCAUUGUUGUCACUCUAUCAACUUUAUGGUGGGAGGUCAAAGGGCAGUGCAAGGGACCAAGAGACAUCUCCAAGCUCAAUCUCUCUGUGACCUAUGACCUCCCCCAUUUUGUGUCAGAUACACCUGUCCAGAAACUUCUAGUUUUCAAUGGAAGCGUAUAUGUGGGUGCUACCAACAAACUCACUGCCUUAUCAGAGGAUCUCAAGAAGACGCACGAGUAUAAAACUGGACCUGUCCAUGAGGGCCCACGAUGCAGUGCUUGUGAGGGCUGCAGGGACCAGCCGCCCAACGCUAACAACACCAGCAUGGCUUUGCUGAUGGAGACCUACUAUGACCCUGAGCUCUUCAGCUGUGGGACAGUGGGGAACGGCGUGUGUAGCCGCCACUUGCUGGAAGACGGUGAGCUGGACGUUGAGGUGAACUGCCUGGGCUCACAUAACAAAGACGGGAGCCGCUAUGUCGCCGGCCCUGCUGGAACCCAGAUAGUAAACGUGGAAGUCGGUGGUGUCGUGAGGUUCUUUGUCGCUAAUUCAGAGCCUCUCAACCCCUCUCUACCUUCCUCUUCACGUCUCCACCACACGAUCUCCAUACGGAAGAUGUGGGAGACCCAAGACCGCUUUGAGUUUGUCUCUGAGCAUUCCUACAUGGACCUGACCCCUGGGCUGCGUGGGAAUUAUCCCCUGCAUUACAUCUACUCCUUUCAGAGUGGCGCAUAUGUCUAUUUCCUCACCGUACAGCGGGAAGGUGGCACGUCCAAGGCCUUCCACACACGCAUCGUCCGCAUGUGCUCGUCCGACCUGGAGCUUCUGCACUACGUGGAGAUGCCCUUUGAGUGCAUCUACUCAGAGAAGGGGAGGAGGAAGCGCUCCACCCAGGUGGUGUUCAACAUCCUUCAGGCGGCACACGUGGCCAAAGCCGGAAAUGACCUGCGCAGAGACAUGGAUCUGAAGGAAGAAGAUGAUGUGCUUUUUGCUGCAUUUGCACGUAGCAAACCAGACUCUCCUGAGCCCACAGCCAGUUCUACAGUGUGUGUGAUCUCAGUUUCUGAAAUCAACAGCUUUUUCAAGGACUUCAUUCAGAAGGGCCAUACCAAGCCGCUCUACCACUUUACUGGCUCUGAGGAGAAACCCUACAAUCAGACCUCCUUUGGCUGUGGAAAACACGAGAAGGGCUACAGGCUGGAGGUUACAAGGACCCGCCCACCUGAGGACUGGUUCAGUGGCCGUUUCCGGAACGUUCUCCUGACCUCCAUCUCUGCAAUGCCCAUACAGGAUCACACGGUGGCUACCCUUGGAACUGCAGAUGGGAGGGUCAUCCAGGUGGUGGUUUCCCGUUUUGGCAACACAGACCCACAUGUGGACUUCCUCUUGGACACACGCCCCGUGUCCUCAGAGGUCGCUGUUCUGUCUCCAGAGCGCCCAGAUGCGUCCUUACUGCUCAUCACAGGGAACAAGGUAUCUAAGGUGCCCGUGAUCGGUCCUGGCUGUGAGCACUUGUGGAACUGCAGCACGUGUCUCCUGGCUCCUGCCUUCAUGGGCUGCGGAUGGUGCCGGAACAGGAAUCUCUGCACUCGCUCACCUCAGUGCGCUGCUUCCCAUUGGAGCCAAGAUUCCUGUCCCCUUCUCAUCACAGAGGUCUUUCCUGCCGCUGCCCCACUGAAAGGCCACACCAGUAUCACAAUCUGUGGCAAGAACUUUGGCUUCAGUAAGAAAGACCGCUUUGAUGGCAAGCUUAUUGAGGUUGAUGUGGCUGGAGCAAAGUGCAAGCUGACCAAGAAGGAUAGUAGCAAUCACCGGUUGGUUUGUGGCCUGGAUCAUGUGAACCUGUCCAAUUCCAAACACUGGGUCAGAGUACGCAGUGGUAAGGAGGAGGGACGGAUCAAAGGCCUCUCAUUUGUGAACCCUGUUAUUAAAGGAAUCUUCCCUGAGUUUGGGCCCAAAUCUGGGGGAACCAGGCUGACCAUCAGGGGCUCCUACCUGAACAGUGGCAGCUCACGGAAGGUUACAAUUGGAGGUGCCACCUGUGUGGUUCAGAGUGAAUCGGCCGACAUGCUGACGUGUCAGACUCCAUCUCAAGACUCGCCCUCCCAGCACAAGGUGCAGCUACACAUGGAUGGAGUGAUACGUGAAGCUCCUGCCAACUACACCUACAACGAGGACCCGCUCAUCCACAGUGUUCAGCCCACUCGCUCCUUCAUCAGCGGAGGCAGCACAGUAACAGCAGCUGGCGUCUAUCUCCACUCAGCCAAGCAGCCUCAGAUGGUUCUCAGUGGGCCUGCCUUCAACAAAGACAAAGAGGUUUCCGUGACCUGCACGCAGGGUGAAGACAAGCUGGCCAUCGUCUGCAUCACUCCCUCACUGAAAGGCCUGAACAUUCAGCCUCCAGUUGCAACCAAGAUGAAGUUUAUGCUCGACGGCUUCUCAACGCGGCAAUAUGACUUGACCUACGUGGAGGACCCCAAGUUUGAGGAGUUUCAGAAGCCCACACUCACUCCCAGAGGCAGUAAGAGUGUGUUGGAGAUCAAGGUCCCUCGUGUGGACGUGGAGGCCGUGAAGGGUGAGGUGCUGCGGGUGUCCAACCGCUCCUGUGAGAGUGUCACUCUGGUGGGGAACACUCUGGAGUGCACCGUGCCCUCUGAGCUCCACACCGCCACCAACGAGCUGGAGGUGGAGUGGAUGCAGGCCUCGUCCUCAGUAAUUCUGGGUCGUGUAGUUCUGGCGCAGGAGCAGGACUACAGGCCGCUGGUCACUGGUGUGGUGUGUGUGUCCACACUGCUGCUAAUGCUGCUCGGUUUGUUCACCUGGAUCAAGAGGAAGAAGCACAUUGAUGAUUUAGCUGAGGGGAUGGUUUGGUAUGACGGUCGUGCUCACAUACCUCACUUGGACAUGCUGGCAAACGCGAGGAGUGUCAGUCCCACUAAUGAAAUGGUGUCUCACGAGUCUCUGGACUAUAGAACCACUUUGCUUGAGGAUCAGAGCUUGCCUACAUCCCAGAGCGAGUCGUGUCGCCCUGCCCUGUAUCCGCAUGCGCACCUGGACCUGUCGCCCAUGCUGGGAGCGGCAGAAGAGGACCUGGCCUCUCCGCUCCUGCCUGCUCCUGCCCCCGUAGACCUGAGCUGCCUGCACCCGGAGCUGCUGAAGGAGGUGCAGCACGUGGUCAUCGCCAGAGAAGACCUGCUCCUCCAUGUCAGUGAGGUCAUCGGAAGAGGACACUUUGGCUGUGUGUUCCACGGGACUCUGCUGGAACCAGACGGCCAGAAGCAGCACUGCGCAGUCAAGUCCCUAAACCGUAUCACAGAUAUAGAGGAGGUGUCUCAGUUCCUGAAGGAGGGCAUCAUCAUGAAGGACUUCAGCCACCCCAACGUGCUCUCCCUGCUGGGCAUCUGCCUGCCCAGCGAGGGCUCUCCGCUGGUGGUGUUGCCCUACAUGAAGCACGGAGACCUGCGCAACUUCAUCAGGGACGAGAGCCACAGCCCCACAGUAAAGGACCUCAUGGGCUUUGGCCUGCAGGUGGCAAAAGGCAUGGAGUAUCUCGCCAGCAAGAAGUUUGUCCACCGAGAUCUCGCAGCCCGCAACUGCAUGCUAGAUGAGAGCUACACAGUGAAGGUAGCUGACUUUGGCCUGGCCAGAGAUGUGUAUGAUAAAGAAUAUUACAGUGUGCACAACAAGAGUGGCGUCAAGCUGCCUGUUAAAUGGAUGGCACUGGAGAGCCUACAGACUCACAAGUUCACCACCAAGUCUGAUGUUUGGUCAUUUGGCGUGUUGCUAUGGGAACUCAUGACCCGAGGUGCUCCACCCUAUUCCGAUGUCAAUUCCUUUGACAUUACAGUCUUUCUCUUGCAAGGCCGAAGACUGUUGCAGCCAGAGUUCUGCCCAGAUGCCCUCUACAAUGUGAUGAUCGAGUGUUGGCACCCUAAACCUGAGCGCCGGCCCACUUUCUCCGAGCUCGUCUCGCGUAUCUCGGCCAUCUUCUCCAGCUUCAGCGGAGAGCACUACGUCCUCCUGAACACCACAUAUGUCAACAUCGACAAGAUGACGCCCUACCCCUCUCUCAUCUCCUCUCAGAACCACCUGGACCGGGACUGCUGCACCUGACGGAGAGACGGUGAGACAGAGAGCGAGACAGACCGAGACUGUGCCUCUGCUCUUCGUCUGCUGCGUAAGACUCAAAGAUGCUGGACUCUGUUCCAGGGACAGUUGUGCACUCUGUAAAGAGGAGGAAUGCUGCCCAGGGCCGCUGCUGAAGACCGUAAAGGGAAGCUGAUUGUCUUUAUCAUUGUAGAUGGAGUACAGCCCUCUGAAGCAGGAGCUGUGGAGGGAGCUCUGUCCUCCAGGCCUGCUGAUACCGAGUUGCGUUUCAGCAGGCUGGAUACAUACUGACACACGUCACUGUAUGAGUCUGCUCACUAAUGGCAGGGUUCCUCUGCUUUAUUAAACCAUUUCCACCCAAGUGGGUUUUCAUUAGGUUGAGUGGAAACAUACUUUAAACCAAAAUACUUUGAUUGCUUUGACCAAACCUGCACCCGACUGAAAUCAAUAACUCUGAUCAUGCUGAAUAUUAUCUUGAUGAAAGGGGCCAGUCUAUUUCUGUGCUUCCUGACCCAUAUAGGAGAAGACAAGGUCUUUCUGAUUGGAAGCACUCCUCUGUGGUGCUUUGCUCCCCUGGGGCCUGGAAGUGUGUGGUGAGCAUCUCUUUAAUCUGUCAAAAGCACCAUUCUGGGAUCUUGCACAUAUCCUCUCUCUCCAACUGUACAAAACACAGCAGGACUGUCAGCUGAACACUGGAGGAGUUACGUGUGAAACUAGAUUUGAUGAAGCUUUAAAUGUGUUUAAACUUACACAGUUCUGGAUGUUUUAUGUUUGAAAAUACUCAUUUUCUGAAAAAGAGCUUGCAAAGUGUUAGUAUUUUUUUUUAUAUGACAUAAGACUCUGCUCAGCUCGCAUAUUAGUGACAUAGUAGAGAGGACCACAAACGUGAUUUUAGCAACCACCAAAUACACAGAAAGAUCCACCAAGAGAUGUAAAUUAUGUCUGUUCCUCUAGACGGACAUGUACAGGACUGCAGCUUGCAGCAUAUAAAUUGUCUGGUACCAUUCAAACACAUUAUAUUAGAACAGCAGUUUGCAUUUUAUUAUCAGUUAUCUUGAUGUUAAACUGUAGUGUUACAUUUUCUGGUACUGAUUAUGGUACUAGUGAUUUACUGUGUCAUGACUAUCAAAAUGGCUCUCUGUGGUAAUACUUUAUAGUACAAAUAAUAUUUCUUUGUGAAUAAGUCUUUGUGACUUACCUCUGUCAUCAGGAUAUGUACAGAAUAAAUAUAUCAAAGAAAGUACCUUUAUUCUUUGAAUGGAGAUAGUGUGUUCAGUUCCAUUUCAUU